GUAGAACCAAAGCAUGCCAGAGACGUUUUCCAAGGUGUCAUCUUCACCCCAAAAAAGAAGACAGUGAUUCUCAGCCAGGUGAGGAGAACAGAUCUGUAGACCGUGGAAGAGACACCACCAGAGAUUCAUUCCAGCUGUGGACAUCUCCGAUCACUUCCCGCAAUGAAUAUCCUGCGUCUUAGCGUUGUGAUCUGCUCCUUUAUCAGCCUCCUGCUGGUUGUCCUUGCUUUGGCCACAGACUACUGGGCAAGCGACUACACUGGCCACUACGGCCUGUGGAAACUUUGCAUUACUGAUGAAGGAUGUGCUUAUUUGGGGAUGAGUGUGAAAGGAGAACUCCAUGCCAUCCGAGCUUUCAUACUGAUCGGGAUGACCCUUGGUGCCUUCUGCUUUUUUGGAGUUUGUGCCACAUAUUUCUACCCUCACAUUGGCUCCUUCCCCCUAACCAAAGUUGUAGCUAUCACCAACUUAUGUGCAGCUUUUUGCGUCAUGAUCGCCAUGGCCAUAUUCAAAGGAACUUAUGGGGGAUAUGGCUACUUCGGAUGGUCUUUUUACUUAGGAUGGACUUCCAUGGUUAUGUUCAUCAUAACGGGUGUGCGUACUUACAGACUACAAGUUUCAUCGGAAUGGGAGAGCAUCUGAAGCUAUAUCAGUAGUGAGGGGACACAGGCAAAGCCUGAGCUUGGGGUGAAUUGGACUUUGACCAAAGCUCUCUAUGGUCUGGGAAGGUCUGUCUGCAGAUGCCACGAGCUCAUCUGGUGGCUACUCAGGAACAGGCCUUCUCCAUUGCCACCCCCGAUGCUUUGGAAUGUGCUCCCUGCUGGAACAAGAGCCUCCCCAUCUCCUACAGCUCCUUAAAAGGCUGUUAGGACAUCUCUGUUCAUCCAGGCUUUUGAUUAAACUAUAGAAUGUAACAUUGGUAGGUUUUUUAAGUUAAAAAAAAUUUAAAAAAAUUAAAUUUGGUCUGGUGUUUUAA